AAAUAAUUCUUAAAAAUGAGUAUAGAUAAAGAAGAAAAGAAUAAUUCAGGAACAAAUGAAUUUAUUAAAUCUAAAGAAAGAAAAAAGCGACAUGCAAAUGAAAGUCAUAUGGAAGUUGAAGUAAUUAAUGGUAUAGAAGGAAAAACAAAUUCGUAUAUAACCUCGAAAAAAGCUAAAACUGUACAAGGCAAUGAACAAAGAAAGAUAUCUGUACCUGCUCAUAGAUAUACUCCUUUAAAAGAAAAUUGGAUGAAAAUAUUUACACCCAUCGUUGAACAUUUGCAAUUACAAAUUAGAUUUAAUUUGAAAACACGAAAUAUAGAAUUACGAACAGCUCCAGAAACUCCUGAUAUUGCUAAUCUACAGAAAGGAGCAGAUUUUAUAAAAGCAUUUAUUUAUGGUUUUGAAGUAGAAGAUGCCUUAGCUUUGUUACGUUUAGAUGAUUUAUUUGUAGAAUCAUUUGAAAUUCAAGAUGUAAAACCUUUAAAAGGUGACCAUCUUUCUAGAGCAAUUGGAAGAUUGGCUGGAAAGAGUGGAAGAACAAAAUUUACAAUAGAAAAUGUAACAAAGACUAGAAUUGUACUGGCAGAUAGUAAAAUUCAUAUACUCGGUUCUUUUCAAAACAUACAGUUAGCAAGAAGAGCUAUAUGUAAUUUAAUUUUGGGUAGUCCUCCAUCAAAAGUUUAUGGACAAUUAAGAAAUGUAGCAAGUAAAAUUUCAGAACGAUUAUGAAAUAAACACAAGUUAAACUGAUAUAGUUUAAUAUUUACUAUAUUUAUAAAAACUUUUUCAGUUUUUAGAGAAAUUAAACAAUUUAAAUAAGAUUUUUUAAAUAAAAUUUAAUGUAAAUCCCUUAUAUAUAUAUAAUUAUCUUUCAUUUAUAUUCAUAAGUUAGUUUUCACUUAAAGCAGUAUUUGAUAUUUAUAUUUUCUUGGAACUUUGUUAAGAACUAAUCUACCAUCAUAACUUAAUGAUGCAAAUGUCCAAGGAUCUGCAGAUGACCAUUCAACUGCAUAAACACUAUCUUCAUGUUCUUCAUAUCUACCAACAACUCCAUCUUCAAGUCUAAAAACGAUAUAAUUUAAUUUUCUAUAAUAUAAUAAAUUGAUUUAUAAUAUGAU